AUGAAGAGAGUAGUUGUCAUAGGUGCCUCACAGGCAGGUCUAUUAGCUAUGAAGACCCUUGCAAGGCAGUGUCCAUCGAGUGUAUCUUUGCUGGCACAUUUAAUUUCACCCAACGAUUUUGCAUACUUCAAUAUCGCUAGUCCAAGAUUGUUAGUUCAACCAGAGCUAUUACAUAAAGUCCUCUUUAAUAUUCAAGAUAUACUAAAGAAUUUAAAUCACAACAGUAAGGAUCAAUUCACAUUCACUCAGGGAUCAGUUUCAGAUAUUAAUUUAGAUAAAAGAAAGAUUUAUCUUCAUAAAUCACUUGUUCCCAUAGAAUAUGAUGCUUUGAUUAUUGCUAGUGGGAACAGAAUGGAUUCACUUGCAUUCAAGUUGAGCAACAUCCAAAGCCAACAUCAUACAAUCCGAGAGAUUCAAUCAUUAUCCAAAAAGAUCAGAUCAGCUAAUUCAAUCGCAGUUAUUGGAGGAGGUACUACUGGGGUUGAAAUUGCUGGGGAGUUGACUAAUAAUCGUAAAUUCACCAAAAAAGUGACUUUAUACACUGGGCAAGAAUCUCCUUUGGCUGAGUUUGAAUCAUGUCAUAGAAAGAAAGGUAUAGAUAGAUUGAAUAAACUUGGGGUCGAGAUAAUAAAUAACGAAAUGGUUAAGAUCAUUGAAGAUAAUACAGCAGUUAAAUUACAAGACGGGACUGUUAAGAAAUAUUCAGUGGUGAUUCCAGCGUAUAGAAGUAUUCCCAACAGUGAAUUUCUCCCUUCUUCGGUUUUGAGCAAACGAGGAUAUUUGGAUACUGAUGAAUAUUUCAGACUUAAAAACUAUCAUGAAGUUAUCGGUUUAGGUGAUAUCUUAGAUUGCGGAAAGAAAUCUAGUCUUGAUCUAUUCUAUGCUCAAAAGCAAGUAUUUGAAGCAACUGUUGCCCAUGAGAUCUUUGAAAAGAAGGAUAUUAAACUAAAGAAAUACGAACCUGUUCAGACUGACAAAUCAUUUGUUGUACCAAUUGGCAGAGAUGGAGGUGUUGCUGCAAUUUGGAACAUUCCGCUUCCUAAGUUUGUAGUCAAACAAUUCAAAGCAAAAGAUUUUUUGAUCCCUAAGGCAAAACUUCAAAUGGAAAAUAAUCUCGGAAGAUUUCCAUUGUUGGAGGUUCCACAUCAACCAAGAAAUUGGGUUAAUUCAUUGUUUCAUAAUAAUAAGUUGGAGAGCCACAACAGUUCGGGGUUACACCUUUGGGAUGUUUCCGUUCCCCGUAAUUGCCCCUGA